AUGGGGGAAACUGAGAUUUUUGCAUUUCAAGCAGAAAUAAACCAGCUAUUGAGUUUAAUUAUUAAUACUUUUUACACCAAUAAGGAAAUUUUCCUUCGUGAAUUAAUCCGCAAUUCCUCUGAUGCAUUGGGUAAAAUUCGAUUUGAGAACUUGACUGAUAAGAGUAAACUGGAUGCACAGCCUGAGCUUUUCAUUAGAAUUGUUCCUGAUAAGGUGAAUAACACACUCUCCAUCAUCGACAGCGGUAUCGGUAUGACGAAAUCAGAUUUGGUGAACAAUCUGGGAACGAAGGAGUUCAAAAAAAAUGUUUCGUUCCUCUUUUUUUGGCAACUCUUUUAUUUCAACUUUUCACAUAACAUGUCUAGCAAGAAGACGAUGGAGGCAUUACGGGACAGCAGCAUGAGCGCGUACAUGUCUAGCAAGAAGAUGAUGGAGAUUGACCAAUAUCUGCACAUGCUUGUGCUACCAUGUAAAUUGAUGUGUUUCUGA